GGCCCCCGUCGUCUGGCUGCUCUCCGUUGGAAUCGCAUCACCUCGCUCUAGACAUACUUUUCAUCUUCGUUGUUUAUACUUAAUAAUCCUCUUUUUUAUCUACUCCAGUGUAUUUUUCUUGUUCAUAAGUGUAUCUAUUUCGUUCAGCGCUUUGUAUUUCUUCUGUAUAUUACGUGUUUUUGUGCAUAUUCCAUCGUUUUCGACGCGGCCGUCGACGGACACCACGCCGCUUCGUUCGCCGCUCCCGGGGUCACCCUCAGAAGCCACAUGACGGGCGGUACAACCUGCUGUGUACCGGGCUGUGCCCACACCACUCUCACUGCCAAGCAUGUGUCCUGGAAUCGCUUUCCGAAGAACAGCCAUCUACGCAACAUUUGGGUACAGCGAAUCAACAGGAAAGGUACCACUGGACGGUUCUCUCUGUGGACGCCAACCUCUGACAGCAGAAUAUGCGGCGCUCAUUUUAACGAAACUGGGAGAAAGAAGUACGAGGACAAAGCUCCCCGGUUUUUUCCAACCAGGACAUUUCCGAAGUAUGUUGCGGCCUGCCCAAAGGUCCCAAACAUGAUCUGCGCAAGGAAGCGCCAUGCGCUGCAGCCGCUGCCGGCCUACUUUCUGUCGGACCUUGACCUGGCACAGACCGUGACCCUGCCUGCUAGCCAGGAGCCAGCACAACCCGGCAGCCCCUUGGCCUCCGCUGGUGCCCCUGACACUGAUGAUGUAAUAGCUAGCGACCACCAGUACAGCAUCACAGGAUGUAUCGAUCAAGCCCUGCGUGAUCGCAUCAGGCAGCUAGAGGAGCUCGCUUCUGCAAACGAGAAACUGCGCAAGGACAACGACCGUCUACAGAAAGAAAAUGAAGCUCUGCGGAAGAAAGUAGCCCAUCUUGAGGAGAUGUAUGACAAAGCAGAGGAGGUCAUCGAUGCUACAAUCCCCUUUCAGAACUUCACGCUCACAGCCGUGCAACAGGACCCAAAGAAACUGGCCUUCUACACGGGAUUCGACUCCCUGGAGAGAUUUCUCGCCUUUUACAAGUUUGUUCAGGCAGGUUAUGAAGCUCACAAGGAAAGUCAAGGUCCGCAGAGAAGGUCACCUUAUCUAUCCAUGGAUGAUCAGCUGCUGCUCGUGUUGUCCCGCCUGAGGGUGGGACUUUUGGAGCAGGACCUUGCAUACCGGUUUCGUAUCCACAUCAGCACAGUCAGCCGGGUGUGGACAUUCUGGAUUGGUUACCUAGCGGACUACCUUGCUCAACUCAACUACUGGCCGUCGCGACAGGUUGUGAACAAGCACAUGCCGGAGUGCUUCAUCGAGGCGUAUCCAUCGACGAGAGUCAUUCUGGAUUGCACGGAAAUCUUCAUCGAGACACCUAGCGACUUCAGGGUGCAGAGUGAUACCUACUCAAGCUACAAGUGCCACAACACUGCCAAGGGACUGCUGGGCAUCACCCCCAAUGGGUUCGUGUCGUUCGUGAGCGACCUUGCCCCUGGCCGCGUCUCUGACAAAGCCCUGACCGCAUGGUCAGGGCUUUGUCAGAGACACACGCAUGGGGCUACGACAUUGACCUUCCCCACGGCACGCGGCUUCUUGCAGACCUCACAGGGCUGAAACUUUCGUUCCUCAACAUCCCAGACACCCCCACACGUAUCAAACAAUCCUCCCAACAGCAGGACACCUGCCCCGACUUUACCUGUGCUCGUUACCCUCGACGCUGGAGAUGGCAUGUCGCCGGCGACCGCCUCGGCGGUGAUCACCUCCCCAUUAUUUUACGCUACGACUUCCUAUCCGCAACCCUAUCUCACUGUCGCGCCUGCUGCGACACAUUCUUCACUAAGUGGGACAACUUCCGAGCAGCUCUUUCUUCUGUCAUGGAACUUGCUGGCUUUUCCGACAUUAUACAAGCUAUCCAGUCCGCCCACAAGUCUGCCACAAAGCGGCUAACCGUACCGGACGAUGCCGCUUUGACGAGCAUUUACUUACUGGACCGCCGCAUUCACCUGUUGGCCUGUUACCGCCGUUCUCGCAGACCACGACGACUCCUCAAACCUUCACAUAAACUCCAAAAGACUAUCUCGUGCUACACUUCGGAACUCGCUUCCAACUGCUGGACUUCCCUGUGCAGAUCCAUCUCCGGCAAUAGCCAUCUUUCGAAAGUUUGAAGGCUCCUCCGUUCUCUCCUCGGGGACCACAAACCUAGGCAAUUUGCUGCCACUGUUGCCCUUCGCAAAGGUGUCUCUCCCGAGGAGCUAGCUGAACGGGCCUCGGACGUCUUUUUUCCGCAACCAGCGCAACAUGACUCUGGAUGCUACACUUGUGUUCACCCUGUCACCAAGCUCUUGGGAUGGAUUGCCCGUUCACCCUCCACUCGCAGUGCACCUGGCCCCCAACAACGUCACAGUCGGGCAACUUCAGAACCUCCCUACGGCACUCAAGGAAACCAUACUCGCCGAGAUCAACCAGGUGACUCCAGACUACUGAAGCCCCAGGAGUCCCUGAUCGCUGCCACUUGUCUCAUUCGCCCUGGAAGCUCCCGAGAAGAUUAAAAGCUUUUCCUCUUUUUAUGCCCAAACAGCAGGGCAGAUAUGGUGGCCACUUCUUUGGUCGUUAAAUAAAUGUUUCAAAGCAAAGGUAGAUGGUCAUGAUGAAAGAAAUCAAGGACGUUAGGAUUCCUGUCAGAAGUACUCAACGCAAUAAAAUGUUGUCCAAA